AUUCACGUCACCCUCUCUGUUUCAAUGCUACGUAAGCAGUGAUACCAAAAGAUGGCGGUGUCCAUAGGAAGGUGUCUGGCUGCUGAUGCUUGUUUAUUAAUAUUAGCUUUAACAUUUCACCACAGUAAUGCCGAUAAUAUCGUUGCAUCGACUGAAGAAGCUCCACACCGUCGAUUUGAAUACAAGUACAGUUUCAAGGGACCGCACCUGUCUCAAACCGACGGGAUUAUUCCUUUUUGGGUGCACAGUGGAAAUGCCAUCCCCAGUGCCGACCAGGUCCGUAUCACCCCCUCUCUCAGGAGUCAGAAGGGCUCAGUCUGGGCCAAAAACACGGUCAACUUUGACCACUGGGAGGCUGAGGUGACCUUUCGUGUGUCUGGACGGGGGAGGAUGGGAGCCGACGGCCUCGCGAUAUGGUUCACCACUGCACAAGGCCUAGAUGGUCCUGUCUAUGGAGCUGCUGACAACUGGAACGGCAUCGGAAUCUUCUUUGAUUCCUUUGACAACGAUGGGAAGAAAAAUAACCCUGCUGUGCUGGUGGUGGGAAACAACGGCAAACUUGUUUAUGAUCACCCAAACGAUGGCACGACUCAAGCCCUGGGAACAUGCUUAAGAGACUUUCGUAAUAAACCCUAUCCUGUCAGAGCCAAAAUAACAUACUACAAGAAGACACUAACGGUGCUGAUCAACAAUGGUUUCACACCAGAUAAGGAAGACUAUGAGUUCUGUACCAAGGUGGACAACAUGAUCAUUCCUCAGGAGGGCUACUUUGGCAUCUCAGCUGCCACGGGUGGUCUAGCAGAUGACCAUGAUGUCCUGUCCUUCUUGACGUUCAGACUAUCAGAACCUGGCCAAGAACUGCCUGCACCUGAAGCAGAGAUGCCCAAGGAGGAGCAGGACAAGUACCAGGAGGAAUUUGAGAACUUUCAGCAGGAGCUGGACAAAAAGAAAGAGGACUAUCAGAAGGAGCAUCCGGAAGUCCAGAGAGAACCCAUUGAGGACAUGUACGAGAGUGUCAACGACAGGGAGAUCCACCAGGUGUUUGAGGGUCAGAACCAGAUCCACCUGGAGAUCAAACAGCUUCACCGUCAGCUGGCCAUGAUCCUCGACGAACAGAACCGCUAUGUUUCUGUGGUUACAGACGAGUUAUCCAAACGCCAAGUGGAGUUGGUGGGACAGGCUCCUAGUCAAGAAAUGGGUGCAGUGGUCGCAACACAACAGGAGAUACUGAGAAACCUGAACGAGUUGAGAAACUCUUUCCAUGAGUCUCUGAAGCAGAUCGGCGCCACUCAGCACCAAGCCAACCCAGUGAGCAUGGGGACAUAUAAGACGGUGCAACACUUCAGCGAAAUCCAGGAACAUCUACACGUGGUCAAGAGGAACAUCGAACACCUUAUCACACGCAAUGGGAGCCCCAGUGAAAAUCAGGGAGAGAAAUGCCCUGACUCUCCUAAAAUGCCUUCCUGUCUGGGUACUAUUCACUUCUUGGUCUUUGUGGUCAUCCAAUCAGUCCUGUUCUUCAGCUACAUCGUGUACAAGAGUCAACAAGAAGCAGCAGCAAAGAAAUUCUUUUGAGGAAACAUUAUCAUCGAUAUCAUGAUAUGUAAAUGAGGGACUGUUAAUUUUGCUGUUUUAUGUUUUUGAAUUUGUAAAUUAUUGUACUCAAAUGAGAUUUUGUUUGAGAAGUUUCUUUUUUUUUUAUUUGAUCUGAUAUUUUUAAUGUGGUAUGUGAAUGAAUGAGCGAGUGGGAAAUGUUAAGAUUCCAAAUAUGGCAAAAUACUGUACAGAAUAUAUUACAAGUCAUUGGAUGAUAUUAGAUUUUUUUAUUUAUUUUUGACAAGUGCCCACCCCCAGAAGACAGACAAACCACUGUCUGCCAAUUCACAUAGUUUGGAAAACUGUGAAUUUAAUAAAUGCGCAAUUUUGUAUUAAUGCUGCUAUGUUGAAUUAAACCCAGUGGGUGUCUUCUUGAGUGGUUGUAACAUGCCAAAAGACUGACUUUGUCUUUCUUCUCGAGCAAUUUACAUAAGCUGCAAAAUGCCAGUUUAUUUUUUGUUUUUCUCUUUCUUGUUCCUGAAUGUUAUCUUGUUUACAUAUUGGUGCUCUUCUAUUAAAAAGUAGCCGAAUAGUACAAUUUUUACCUGAAAGUUUAGUAUUGGUAGCAUGAUCAGAGAUCUGUUUUGGUUGUCUUUUCACUCGCGAAAUGUGACAUUGUGUUUGUGCCAUCUUGCACCUUGUAACUCAUCUGGGACCAGGCUAUCAUCCUGGCUUUUUUGAUCAGGAACUCUUUGAGACAUUAGCUAAAUGCUUGACUUAGUGCUUAGUCUGGUCAAGGAUUGGUCUGAGAAAGUGACUACAGUGUGAGGCACGGUAGGCUGGUGUCCAGCUAUAAUAUUCUGACAGGACAGAAAACAUGCUGGACACAUGCUCAACCUUAGUGAUAAGAGAACAACACGUGUAUGUCGCCUAGAUAUUGGAGUAGUAUCUACAGUAUCUACUAUCUAUUAGUAUCUACAACUAAUAAUGUGAUUUAAACCUGUAUUUAAAUACUUUUGGCUUUGAAUCCAACACAUUAACACCUAACAUUUCUGGUGUCUAGUACAUCCUUGAAACUUUUUUUUAACCUUUAUCCAUGAAGUCCAAUUGAUGUCAGAAUACAAUGCAUGUCUUUUACAAGGGAGACUUGGAAAUGUCACUGAUUUUCGCUUGGAUCUGAGACCAGGGGUUUUUCACGAAGCAGGGUCCAUGAUUCCACUCGCUAACUUAUUCAAAAAAAUGUGACUUUAAA